AACUUUUAGUCAGAGAAAUAUCUUUUUUCAAAGUCAAGUAAUUGAAUUAGCAAAAACAAAACCCAACCCGAAAACAUGUCGGCUUAUAAAAUAAGUUACUUCAACUUGAUGGGACGAGCGGAGCUGUCUCGUAUUAUGCUGUCUGCAGCCGAUAAAGAAUUUGAAGACGACAGGUUUGAAAAAGAGGAAUGGCCUGAGCGAAAACCAAAGACACCUUGUGGACAGGUUCCUGUACUUACACACGGAGACAAACAGAUACCUCAGUCUAUGGCAAUAGCAAGAUAUUUAGCUAGAGAUCUCGAUUUAUAUGGAAAAGAUAAUAUGGAGAAUACUAUGUGUGAUGUUGUAUUAGAAUGUAUUAAUGACGUGAUCACAGAAACCGUAAAAUUAUUCUUUGAACAGGAUGAAACUAAAAAGCCUGAUAUAGAGAAAAACUUAAUGGAAGUUAUUUAUCCACGAUUCCUUGGACAUCUGGAGAAGUUGCUAGACAAAAACAACGGAGAAUGGUUGGUUGGUGAUAAGCUAUCUGUAGCAGAUUUGGCAUUCUUUGAUUUAAUGAACAGACUAACAGCAAAGAAAGGCAAUUCUGUAUUUGAAUCUUCACUGAAAAUGAAAAAACAUUUGGACAAAGUAACAAACAUUCCAGGGGUACGAAAGUGGCUUGAGAAGCGUCCAGUAACGGACAUGUAAUCUGAUACUUAACUCAUAUAUAUCAUAAUUGACAUACAAUUGCUUCGUUUCCAUUUUUUAUGGCCCCGCAACAAAGUUGUCGGAGCCAUAUAGUUUUACCCUUAUCCGUCAUUCCGUCAUUCUGCCAUUCUGUCAUUCCGUCAUUCCGCAACGAACAGUUAAUACGAACGUUUUUUUCUAAACGCCUUCACAUAUUGAGCUGAUUUUUAGUAUGUGAGUCUACUAUGAUGAGUUACAGAUUAAGUUUAUGUUUGGUUUUGCUCCGCUGAUUUUUGCAGAAACUUCGGGCUUUGAAAAUUUUGUGAAAUAGCAGUUAUACGGACUUUUUUCUAAACGCCUUCACAUUUUGAGCUGAUUUUUGGUAUGUGAGUCUACUAUGAUGAGUUACAGAUCGAGUUUACGUUUGGUUCCGCUCCAUUGAUUUUUGCUAAAAUAACGAGCUUUGGACUUUGAACAUUAAACGUGAAAAUAACAGUAA